GAGAGAACAGUUCACUUAAAUGCAGCUGCAGUACUUUUGUGUGAUACCUGUCAGAAUCAUUCCCAGUGCGAGGUUGGGUCUCUGACCAUGAUGUCAAGAUUGGUCUUUCUCCUUUUCUGUGGAUAUAUUGCACUAAACCUGGGAAAUGCUCAGAAAUUGCCAAGAGUGAAAAGGCAGAGUCUGAAAGUUCAGAUCAAUGCAACAGAUGACACCAUUUGCAUGAGGUAUCUUAGACCAAGUCAAAACACCAAACUAGAAGGUUUUGUCCUGGGUUAUGGAAGCAACUUCUUCUCUAAUCAGUACAUUCCUUUACCUUCGGAAGGAAAAACCUACGUAACAGAACUUGAUGCGGAACCACGGUAUUUGGUUUCAGUAAGACCAGCACGUGUUUCAAAUAACAAGAAAUCUUGUUCAGGUCGGACCAAGACUCAAAAGCCUCUGCAGCUGGUAGUUGGCACUCUGACCCCAACCUCUGUGUUCCUCUCUUGGGGCAUCCUAGUCAACCCUCAGCAUGACUGGACAGCAACAAGUAACUGUGCUAGUGACAGGUUCUAUACAGUUCGCUACAGAGAAAAGGAUAAAGACAAGAAAUGGGUUUUUCAGCUUUGCCCAGUUACAGAAACAGUGGUGGACAAUCUGAAGCCAAACACAGUUUAUGAGUUUGGAGUUAAAGACAACGUAGAGGAUAGUAUUUGGAGCAAGACUUUCAAUCAUAAGACAGUGCUGUCUAAUAAAAAAGUAAACGGACAACUCCAGAAUAUGUACAAGUUGGUACCUAAUUCCCAAACACAGCUUACACUGCGUGAUAAUAAGAGGUUGGUCCCUGUCACGAUAAUCAAACAAGUUAUUCAAAAUCGGACGCAAUCAAAAACUUCAGACAGUUCUUCUCUGCCAGGAGCAAUAUUAGUGCACCUAAUUGUUCCAGGUCUCAAUGAAACUCAGCAGAAACUUCCUCCUCUCCUGACAAUAGAUGAUAUACCUCAAGCAUCCAGGAAAAAACUGGCUAAGAAUGAAACUCAAGUAUGGCCUGCUGAGUCCAAAACACCAGAAGUUCAAGAAAUCUCCCCACAGUCCCUCCCAGCUCAGUCUGAGAAAAAACAUGGACCCGCGGAAUUUAAGUCAACGCCUAAACCCGAAUUGGUGCAAACUCAAAACAUACUGGCUUCUAAUGAAAUACAGCCACUUCCUUCUGGAUCCAGAAUCUCUGAUGCUCCAAAAAGUCCAUUGACAGAACUUGCUACUCAGAGUCCAGCCUUGAAAUCCAUAUCUCUACCUUCUGCAGAAACCAGAGAGAUGGAAAUAGCUUUUGAGGAAACACAGCCUAUUUCUUCAGGAUCCAAAGCACCUGGUACCACAGAAGUGCAACCAACCAGAUCUGCUUCACAUGACUUUCUUCAUGUUACUUCUAAUGCUCAGACUUUUACAGCUUCAAAAAUACCAGACAUUGCUAGAGAUGCUACUGAGUUGGAAAUAUCCAUGCCUGUAAUUACUACAGAAUCUCAGUUGUCAGAAACGGCACUGGAUUUAGGUGAAAGGAAGCCUCUUUCUUCAAGAUCCACAACAUCUGGCAUGCCAGAAAUGCCACCAAUCUCAGCUGCAACCCAGAGACCGGACCUGGAAUCCACCUCGUCUGCUUCACUGGAAACCACAAGGACUGUGAUGGCUACUCGAAGACCAAGGCUGAAGUCCACCGCUCCUUCCUCCCUGGCAACCCAGCAAACCGUGACGGCCUCACAUGAUUUUCUUCAUGUUACUUCCACUCCCAAAACAUCUACAUCUGCAAAAAUGUCAGAGCAAGAGACUGUAACUAUUCAAGCACCUUUCAAACCUGUUACAUCUGACAACAGUGAAGUGGAAUUGGGUCCUGAUGAAACACAGCCUGUUUCUUCAAGAUCCACAACAUUUCCUAGUCCAGAAAUACGAUCAACAAAAUCUGCAACCCAGAGACCGGACCUGGAAUCCACCUCGUCUGCUUCACUGGAAACCACAAGGACUGUGAUGGCUACUCGAAGACCACGGCUGAAGUCCACCGCUCCUUCCUCCCUGGCAACCCAGCAAACCGUGACGGCUUCACUGGACUCUCAUCAUAUUGCUUUCCCGUCGCAAACAUCUGCAUCUGCAGAAAUAUCAAAAAUACUAACUGUUACAAGUUCAGCUGACAUGGAAAAAUCUAUGCCUCCACUUUCCAGAACACCUCAUGUGCUAACAACAACUAUGGCUUUUAGUGGUAUUCAGCCUGUUCUUUCAAGCCCUGUGACACCCAGUAAGCCUGAAAUAGCAGAUGCUGGACCAGCAACAAGUGAAUCCAUUCUGGAAUCUUUCACACCUAAAACUUCUCGUCCUUUUCAAUGGCCAAGGGUAACAUUAGCUCCAAAAGAAAUACCACUUACUUCUUCUAAACUGAAACCAUCUGGUACCCCAGAAGUACAGGAUGAGAAACCUGCCCCUAAACCACCACUUUUGGAGCCUAAAACUUCUCAGACUGUUGAACAACCAAAAGCAAUACUAGCUCCCAAAGAAGCAAAGCUCACACCUGCUCCAUCUAAACCUAGACCAUCUGCCAGACCCAAAAAGCCACGAACUAAACCUGCAGCAACCAUUCCGGUGUCAGUCACUACUAGGAGUCCCCACACAUAUGAACGUCCAAAGACUACAGAGGUCUUGGAACCUAUUACACUUAGAAUUGAACCACCAAGGUCAACAAUAGCUACAAAGGAGACUCAGCAUAUUCCUUCUAAACCUAAAACUUCACCCAAACCUCAUAUCCCACAGGCCAAAGAUGUCCUGGAACCUAUAACACGUAGAACUGACCAACUAAAACCAACAAUAGUUCCAAAAGAAACACAGCGUGUUCCCUCCAAACCUAGAACAUCACCAAGCUCAGAGGUGCCACAAACCAAACCUGUUCUGGAACCAAUUACAUUUAGAACUGAGAAACCAAAGUCAACAGCAGCUCCUAAAGAUACACAUCCUGGGCCUUCCAAACCUAAAACAUCACCCAGUUCACGUAUUCCUCCAACUAGAGCGAGUCCAAAAGAAAGUCGGCGAGUCUCUUCCAAGCCCAGACCAUCACCAAGUCCAGAUGUACCACGCACAAAACCUGCUCCUAAAGAACCACAACAUACUCCCUUUAAACCUAAAGUAUCUCCAAUCCCAGAUGCUCCACACAGCAAACCUGAAAUCUUUCCAACCUUCCAUGAACCAGAUACUACUAUGAUUCCUCAUAUUCCUGAAAGAACAAAGGCAACAUUGGCUCCAACUGAAAAGCAGUUCAUUCAUACCAAACCAAAAACAUCUCAAAAGCCAAGAGUGCCACACACCAAACCUGCAAUACAUCAGACAACUCCACAACCAAUUAUUACAAAAUCUUCUACUACCACUGAGCAUUCAAGGGCAACAAUGGCUCCAAAAGAAACACUGCUCAUUCCUUCCAAACCCAAAACAUCUGUCGGCCCAGAGGUACCACAGACUAAACCUGCUCCAAGGGCAACACACCUGGGAUCGAUUAACCUUAUAACAGUUCAUGUUGUUGAUGGGUCCAAAAUGACUUUGGUUCCCAAUGAAACGUACCAGAUUUCACCCAAGCCCAAAACUGUUCUUGCAACUGAAAUUCCACGGUUCAAAACAGCACCUCAUAAAACACGUCUCACUUCUGCAAGACCAAAGCCAUCUGAUAAAUCACAGACCAGACCUGCUCUUAGUAAAACCACAUUAGCACCAGCUAGAACAAAAGCACCUGGACUGCCAAAGUGGAUUGUGCCAACAACAGACGAUGUAUAUACACCUGAGGAUAUUGCCAGACAAAUUGGUGUGGAUGUGGAAAAACCUUUGGAAUAUAGUGAUACCUGGGAAAAGCCAAUUUCUGUAACUACAUCACCUGGCCCUCAGCAUGCUCCUAUACCUCCUGUCAAGCCUACACAAAUGCGAAGAAAACCUCUGCCUCCAAACACUGUGACUGGUAAACCAGGGAGUCCAGCAAAACCUGCUGGACCAACACCACCUGUGAGAACAGGAACAUCAUAUAAGACACCAACAGCUUUUGCAACUCCAGAGUAUUAUGUUGAUGCAACUGUCUUCAGCUCAAGUCCUACAUCAGAAACAGAUUCUUCAGGCAAACCAAGGUACCAAGCCCCCCAUGUCAAAUACAUGAAAAAAGAUGAUGAUGUGCCUUGCUCUAUCACAAGCUCUCUUGAACAUUUUCCUCAAGAAGAAGCUGGCAGCAAGGAAGAACCUAUUCGUCCUCCACAAAAUCCUCCAACCAACCUCACAGUGGUGACUGUUGAGGGUUGUCCAACUUUCGUCAUAUUGGACUGGGAAAAACCAGACAAUGACACUGUUACUGAGUAUGAGGUGGUAUCAACUGAAAAUGGAGCAAGUGAUGGUGAAAAGGAGAAAUCGAUUAUCACUACAAAUCAAACCCAUUCUACUGUGGAAAACCUAAAACCUGACACAAGUUAUGAAUUCCACGUGAAACCUAGAAACCCUCUUGGGGAAGGUCCAAGUAGCAAUGUUGUGACAUUCAGUACUGAAUCGGCGGACCCAAGAGUGAGCGAGCCAAUUUCAAUGGGAAAGGAUGCUAUCUGGACUGAAAUCCCAUUCAAUUCGGACACCUAUUCAGAAUGCAAAGGGAAACAAUAUGUAAAGAGGACUUGGUAUAAGAAGUUUGUAGGUGUGCAGCUGUGUAAUUCUUUGAGAUACAAGAUAUACCUCAGUGAUUCACUUACAGGAAAAUUUUACAACAUAGGAGACCAGAGGGGCCAUGGAGAAGAUCACUGCCAAUUUGUAGACUCAUUCUUAGAUGGAAGGACAGGACAGCAAGAUGAUCUACCAGUCAAAGAUGGAUUUUUCAGGGCAGUUCGUCAGGAACCUGUCAAAUUUGGAAAAAUCGGUGGGGAGACUCACAUUAACUAUGUUCGCUGGUACGAGUGUGGAACAUCGAUACCUGGGAAAUGGUAGGACGUGAUGUCAACGUGGUGCAAAGGCCCAGCACUUACCAGCCCCACCCGACUGCCCAACACAGGCUCAAAGAUGGAAAUGUUUAUGGUAUGUCUGGCACUUAAGUUUGCUGAUGUGCAAAGGUUUAUACAAGUCUAAUGCCAAUACUGCAUUAAUUGUGUAAUAGCGUAGGCUGCUUACUGUAGUUAUCCAGUUUUACAAAUUUGUUUUUAGAUUUUUAAAAAAAAAAAAAAAUCCCGAAGAGGCUAGGGACGUGUUGUAGGAUAAUGUAUAGGGAAGCUGGCUCCCUAUUCUUGAGGUAUGGUUUAUGUGGUAUUUUAAAAGAUAACGGUGUGUAUAUUAUUUAUCACAAUGUUGUAAUAAAUGUUUAAGGCAGAGUUAUGGCAGAGUUGAUCAUGGAAUGCAAUGUGCGUUACUUUUUUUAAAUAUUCACUGGUCGUCUUGUAACGUAAGUGCCAUAAGCUACCUGUCCAGAUAGCUCUGUAAUGUCUCCCCGGUCAUAAAUUAUAGAACAGCCCCUACAGUUUUUAAUAUCCUGCAACCAGUGAACUUGAAGCGCUUUCUCCUUAUGCAUACAAACAAUUUAUAUUCCUGCCGAAACGCUGAGGUCUGUUGCUAUCCAUGCAGCUUUCAACAAUCAGGGUAGCAGGUUUUUGGGUUUUUUUUUUCUUUUCCAUGUUUGUUUUCAAAUGCGUCAGCUCCAGCGAAAGAGGAUGUUCAGCCCACAGCGGUGGUUUUCGAGCCGCUGCCCAUCAGCUUGGCAGUGCUUGGCGGGUUUAGUUUCCUCCCAUUAAAGCAGAGGGGCACAUAUCUAUGUGGGAUUAAAAGUGAAACUGGCCUCCACUGCUGUGGCUUUUCCUGAGAAAUGUAGUUUUCAGAGAAUGAGACUUAGUGGUUCAAAAGCCAAAUGUACAUACAGUGUGGGGGUAUUUGGAAAGGUAAAUGAAACAGGGAAAAAAAAAAUAAGCUAGUUAGAACAGCAUCAUCAGAUCUAUUUUAUUUUAAAAAAAAAGAUUUAAAACAUUGUUCAUUGGGGACAAAGGGGAACCAGUGAUAACUGAACUUUAAAACUGCUUGACAGGAAUUCUGAUUAAAACCUCUCCCAAAGCUACUUGUUGUACUGCUUGAACAUUUAUGAACUAAAUAAAGAGAUGUCAUUUUUUUUUUUAAACGUGUUAUUCAUUACAUACUAAUGUAUUGAUAAAUAUGAUCAGAACACCCCUAUAUAUAUAUAGCAGAAAUAGUCAUUUAUAGAAAAUGCCUUAUAAAGUACAUUGCAGGUACACUGUACUCCUAAUAAAAUAUUUUUUAAUCAAGUGUUUUUCUUAGUGUUUUACAUGAAAAACAAAUACUAGUUUCUGUGGCAAAUGCUAUUAUUUCAGGAAGCAGUUUGUGGUGUGAGGAACCCCUGAGGUCUUAGGUGUGACAAGAGCAGAAAGAGCAGGAGCUGUGGCUGACUGGGCAGAGCAGCUGAUGCAUGAGCGGCCACAUUUGAGGAUGCUGAAGGGAGGAAUGUUUUCACUCGCUCUAUUUCCUAAUUUGUCUUUAUGAGAGUUCAAGCAGCUCGCUCCAGGUUUUUUUUGGUUUGUUUUUUUUUUUUAUUCCCUACUUAGUUUUAUGUAUUCCUAGAAUCCGUAAGAUGGAAAAUAUUAACUGGGAGAAUGUUUUGCCCUCUGCUGUUAUAUGGUCUAUUGAAUUUGUUACAGCUCUUGAUCUGCUUUUUCUUGGCUCAAAAUCGAGUCCCUAGAACUGCAUUCCCAGGUUUUUCUGGGUGGCAAAGAACCUGUGGAAAGUCAUUCCUUUUUAACAGGGUUUUUUGGGUUUGGGUUGUGGGUGGGUUUUUUUUGGUUUUUUUUUUUGAAACUAGGUAUUUGGCUUAGAUUUUUUUCAAGUAAUAAACCAAUUUUCGCCCUGCCCUUGUGAACAUGAAAUGGGUAAGGGGCUCUAAGACUUUAUGUAUUGGUUCUUGCUCAGUUGGUAAAAGAGUUACUUGGCAAUUAAUAACAGCAGCCAGUGCAAAACCAUCUACUGCUGCAUAACCUCUGCAAAAGCAAUCCCUACUCGCAACGCUUCUCCAUUUACACACCCAAAACAUAUGUCUCUUCUGUGGAUCUUUACCUCAGUAUCUGUACACCCAGCACACACUUGUCUUAACAGGAAAACUGUGUUCAUCAUUACUAAAUUCUAAAAUAAAGAUCAGG